UCAAGAAUACAUGCGUAAGAUAUUAGAGAUCUCACCAACCAAAACUCCACUCACCGUUUGCUAUGAUUUCUCUUCUGAAAAAGACCAAAAUGGGAUUUCUUGGACAUGAUGCAUCAAAUCUUAAAGCCCUCGAUUGUACACUAAGGUUAUUUGUCAUUCCCUUGUCUAUUGCCUCCAUAUGGCUUGCUGUCACCAAUCAACAGAAUAAUAGCAGUUAUGGGAAGCUAGAAUUCACCAAUUUCACAGGACUCAAGUACAUGGUUGGGAUUAGUGCUGUAUCAGGUGGAUAUGCUCUGUUUUCCGCUAUAUCUUUGUGGGUCAGGGGUUUAGUGACUAAAGCAUGGUUGUUCUUUGUUUCUGACCAGCUUGUAGCAUACUUAAUGGUCACAUCAUUGGCUGCAAUUUGGGAAAUUCUUUACUUAGCCUACAACGGUGACCAAAAAGUGUCAUGGAGUGAAGCCUGCACUUCUUUUGGAAAAUUCUGCAGUAGAUUGAAGCUGGUUUUGGUUCUUCAUGCCAUCACCCUUUGUUGUUUCCUUCCAUUAGCUCUCAUUUCAGCUUACAGGGUCUUCAGCAGAUUUCAGCCUCCUAGUAAAGACAAUGAAGAAGAAAAAGAAAUCCACUAAUUCAUUACCCCCUCUUUUUAAACUCAAGUGGUGUUAAUUUAUGUUGUUCGAACUCUCCAAAAAAUAAAUAUUGUCGUACCCGUGUUGGAUCCGAACACUCACCUAUCAACAUUAUUGAAGUGUCGGAACAACAUAGGUGUUAAUACUUUUAGUUAAAAAAAAGUCACAUACAUGGAUUGUCCCUUGUGUUAAUAUUGAGUUUGGUGAAUAAAAUUGUUUGUCUUGGUGUGUUUGGUAUGAAUGAAAA